GCGAAAUAUUAUUUGUACAGACAGCGUGUCAUUUUCACUUAAAUUACACCAAUCCAUCAUAUCUGCAUAAAUUAACCCCAGCCAGUCCUCCAAUAGCCGUUUAGCAGAGUGAAGCAUUCUGUUGUCCGCAUCACCCAACAACAGCAGUUUGUUGCCUUUUUGCCCGGAAGGCAUGUAAUCAACGGUAAGAGGAAAAGUUUCACAGCCCAGACGAGAGCGUUUUGUGUUAAUACGGCCAGCGCGCGCUGUUUGUCAUUUUUCACGUAUACGAUAACCGUUGAUCGCGACGACUGAUGGCUUCCGUAUGACACCACAAUGACAUCUGCCCACUGACUUUCCCAGGCUUAAUUAUCUUGGGAACCAUGUUACGCAUUCCUUACACACCUCAUCCACUGCAUUUAAUUUAAUUCUAAUAAUCGGUAUAAUUGUUAAGUAAUAUUUUUGAGUUAAUUUUUAUUCGGUAUGUCGAUUCGUACGGCGGAAACCGGUGAUAUGGACCAUCUGGUGCCCAUUGCCGCGCCACCCCGUCGCAUCGUCCAGUUCAACUACGAAUGGCGGAUUGGGAAUUUUAAGCGGGCCGCCAUGAAGGAGGAAGUCCUGCGCUCCCAGCCGUUUGCCUCCAAAGAUCCCCAGAAAUGUAAAUGGAUUCUGGAAUUAUACCCGCACGGCGCACCGGACGUGUACAAUCAGGGCUACACCUCCGUCUUCCUCGUGCUAAAAGACUGCUUCCCGGAAUCCCACAUUGUAGCGGUGACCGUCCAGUUCGGCAUCCGGAAAUUCGGCCCCGACAUCAAGGAUGUGUACUUCGAGGCGUCGGACGUCGAUUUCGAGAAGGAACGCCGGUUCGGCUUAAUAAAAUUCAUGGCGCAUCCGGAGCUGUUCGAGAAGGAGAACCACUUCCUGCAUCAUGAUUCCGCGACGAUUCUGUGUGAUGUGAAGAUCACCAACGCCUUCGAGUCGUCGACACCGCCGCCGCCACUCCCGCCGCCCCGGGAGACCUUCAUUAAGCGGACCGCCUCGUUCGGCAGUCCGAAGAACUUCUUCCGCUCCUCCACCCAGAAACGUCACGAUGAACGCCCGAUCCUCCAAUCGGAUAUCCACUCGAAUAGUGUGUAUGAUAGCGGGGUGGCCACGGCAUCACCCCGUUCAUCCACACCGCUGAACGACCACACCGGGGUGGUGGUGGCACCACCGCCGGCCCCCCGCCAUGACCCCGGGGUCAUUCGGGGCAUUGACAUUCCGCGCGAUUCCCUGCUGGAUGAUAUGGUCCAGCUGCUGAGUAAAGGACGCUAUUCAGAUGUGACGCUGGAUGUGGGGAAGCGGGAAUUCCAUGUGCAUAAAGCCAUUUUGGCGGCCCGCUCACCGGUAUUCGAUUCCAUGUUCUCCAAUCCGGCCAACGCGACAUCUAAUCAUUUUGUUAUUACGGAUGUCACGUCACGGGGUAUGAAGGAACUGCUGUAUUUUAUCUACACGGGGCAUAUCGAUAAGACGGAGAAUAUUGUGGAGGAGGUGCUGGAAGCCGGGCAGAAGUACCAGGUGGCGCAGUUGCAGGCAAUCUGCGAAAGCUUAAUUCUGCGUGAACUGAAUGUGGACAAUGCCAUUAAGACACUAAUCCUCGCCCACGAACAUAAAGCUCUUCAGUUGAAAGAAAUUGUCCUGGAGUUUAUUGCGCGUAAUUUCCAAGCGGUUAAACGUACCGAAGGCUGGAAUGUGCUACGGAGUAGUCAUACGGAUUUAUAUGGCGAUAUUAUCGAGUAUAUGUGAUGUUCCUUAUUAAACCGGCACCAUCGCGCUGCACGGCAGUGCACGAGCGACAUAAUGUUCAAAGUAUUUAUGAGAGAGAGAGAAUAUUAUUACAUAAAAGUGAAACCUUACCGGCCCGGUUGGUUGGGUUCGUUAGAAAAGCAAAUUUCCCUUCCAAUAUGCCGGGCGUGUUCGGCGUUCUUGGUUUUGUGACUAAUAAAAAAUUCUUCAGCAUGCGCUGAAUUGUUAAUGAGUUACCGCGGCGUUCUUUGUAUCGAAUUGUCUGUCUAUACGCGUGGAUGCGUUACAAUGCAUAUAAUGCAGUUGGUUUAUACGUGUUGCUAAUUGCGCCGCGCACCAUGAUUCAUGCUGCCGUAUAUAUGUGCACCUGAGCUUCCGAUUGGGCAUUCCAAGUUUGGAAAUGUAUGUUGCUCCAGUUUUCCUUGCGCAUUGCCCAGCCGGCGCAGAAUAAGAA